AUUAAUCAUAACGUUUUUAUAAUUAAAAAGAGAAAAAUGGACCCCAAGAAGGACAGAAUCCUCGCCGCGAGAACGUUACGCGCCACGACGCAAGCCGACGUUUCCUCCUACCAACGUCGUUUUUCCAUCUUCCGGUGGUCGGUUGUUCGCCGGCGCUGCAGCCGCAGACUGUUUGCCUAGCUUUUCAGGACAAAUCAUUAUCCAUCUCUGUUCAGAGAGAGGAAGAUAGUUUACAUUGAAAUGAAAAAGCAACGAAUUACAAGAUGAAGAUAGUUACUUACAACGUGAAUGGUCUUAGGCCACGCAUCGCACAGUUUGGUUCACUUCUUAAACUGCUCGAUUCCUUCGAUGCCGAUAUCAUUUGCAUUCAGGAAACGAAACUAAGAAGGCAGGAAUUGAGAGCGGAUUUAAUCAUUGCUGAUGGUUACGAAUCAUUUGUUUCUUGCACUCGUACCUCUGAGAAAGGUCGAACAGGCUACUCAGGGGUUGCUACGUUUUGCCGUGUUAAGUCAGCAUUUUCGAGUAAUGAAGUAGCAUUGCCAGUUCGGGCGGAGGAAGGCUUCACAGGUCUUCUAGAAAGCUCGCAGGAUGGAAAAGGCACGAUGGCUGUAGUUGCAGAAGGGAUUGAGGAAUUUUCGAAAGAGGAGCUCCUUAAAUUAGACAGUGAAGGGCGCUGUAUUGUCACAGAUCAUGGUCAUUUUGUUCUCUUCAACAUUUAUGGGCCUCGAGCUGAAAGUGAUGAUUCAGAAAGGGUUCUAUUCAAGUUAAAAUUUUUCAAUGUGCUACAGAAAAGAUGGGAGCAUCUUCUGCAUCUAGGAAAAAGGAUAUUUGUCGUUGGUGAUCUUAACAUUGCACCUACUUCAAUGGAUCGCUGUGAUGCAGGACCAGAUUUUGAGAAUAAUGAGUUUCGGAGAUGGCUGAGAUCUUUACUGGUGGCAUAUGGUGGCCAUUUCAUUGACAUUUUCAGAGCAAAACAUCCUGAUCGAAGAGAUGCAUAUACAUGCUGGCCUCAAAGUACAGGUGCCGAGGUAUUCAAUUAUGGGACGAGGAUCGACCAUAUAUUGUGUGCAGGACCAUGCCUACAUCAUGACAGCAACCUGCCAGGCCAUAAUAUUGUAGCUUGUCAUAUUAUGGAAUGUGACAUACUGUCACAGUACAAACGCUGGAAAGAUGGAAAUUCUUUUAGGUGGAAGGGAGAGCGGACUGUUAAACUAGAAGGUUCUGAUCAUGCACCGGUUUAUGCAAGUCUACUGGAAAUCCCUGAUACUCCUCAACAUAGUACUCCAUCUUUAUCUGCAAGAUACAAUCCCAAGAUUCACGGGCUUCAGCAAACUCUUGUGUCGAUGCUUCUGAAAAGACAAGCUGCUGAAGAUUCAGCACCGUGCAAAAUAUCAAAUUCAUUUUCACGUGGGAACAUCAUCUUAGGGAAUUGUUCUCAGGGACUUAAUGGAUCAUUUGAUAAUCGUGACCAAUCAGGCUUUCUUCCUAAUGAAUCUUGCUCAUCGACAAACCUAGAAGCAGAAGAUUCUCUAUUAAAAACAGAAGACUGUUCUGGUGGAAGUUAUGCCGAGGAGGCUGCAUGCAACACCUUAAUUACGCAUGAGUUUCUACAUACGAAAGCAUUACCUGAGAAUGAAACUAGGAAAAGAGUUAGAAGGUGUUCCCAGAUGUCAUUAAAGUCGUUCUUCCAGAAAAAUUCAGUUGUUAGCAACAAUAAUGACAGCUCUAAUGCAGAUUCUUCAAUUAACAAAGCAGAUACCUCCGAAUCUAAUCCUAUUGAAAUUCCUAGAUCAAAUACUCAAAUUAGUGAUUCAGGCCAACAUUUAGAACCAUGUGAGGGUCAGUCUCAGAUUAAUGCCUCUUCUGUAGAGAAAGAAAAGAGUGAUGUUGCCUUGUUGGAGUGGCGGAGGAUACAGCAGGUUAUGCAGAAUAGCAUACCUCUUUGCAAGGGCCAUAAGGAGACUUGUGUUGCUCGAGUAGUUAAGAAACAAGGUCCUAAUAAUGGGCGCAGAUUUUAUGUUUGUGCUCGUGCGGAGGGUCCCGCAUCUAAUCCUGAAGCAAAUUGUGGUUACUUUAAAUGGGCGGCUUCCAAAUCUCGGCAUAAAUGAGGAUGGUAAUUGCUGGUGUCAUAAUACAUAGUUGGCCAAAUUCAUUCCUUAUCUUCCGCUUUCCACCAGCAUUCAAUUCUGUGUCUCUGGAUGGGUGCUGACUCGCUGACCAUCAACUCUGUAAGAGUUAUUGCCUUUUCCCUCUCACUUUUAGCGCCUGUAUAUAUGAAAUCCAAUCAUUUAGCUAGUUGGAAUCAACUCCAUUUAGUAA